AUGACCAUCAACGACGUAUUUCCAGGCAGCAAGGCCUUGCCCGAGACGGCUGCCCUGGACGAGAAGGCUGCCGGCACGCGGCGAUACGUGGUGGCGUCGCCGUACACCGAGGCAGAGCAUCUGCUGGACCUCGAGACCCUGGAUGCCGAGAACCAGAUACUGGGAGAAGCGCUGGUUGAGCUCAAGUGCCUGCGGGACGACUACGCGACGGCGGCCUACGCCGACACGUUCAACUGGGACGAGGUGGUGGGCCGGGUGCGGGAGCUAGCAGCAGCCCGCAACCACGGCUGGAGGGAGACGUCGUGGUACAUUGUCGCUUUUCGCUCGCGGUACGAGCAGGGCAUCGACUACAGCCACCUUGGCGACCUCGACAAGGCCGCACACGCGGAGGCCACAGCCAGCGGAGGCUUCCUCAAGUAUUGGUUUGGGACACCCGACCGGAAUCUCCGCAACCUGGCGACCUGCAUCUGGCGCAACCGAGAAGACGCGCGCAAGGGAGGCACCGGGCCUGCGCACAAGGAGGCCAUCAAGGCCGUGCGCACCACGUACGCCGAGUGGAGGAUCGACCAGCACCGGCUCAUUAUCCGAGACGGCGUGUCGAGCUGGGACCUGGCCGAGUGGACAGGCUGA